CUGCUGCUGUUGCCGGAAGUGAAGAUGGCGGCGGCCUCUUCGGAGUUGCUCACGGGCUGGUGCCUUUUCGGCCUCUCGCUGCUGGCUAUUCUGGCUUUUUGCUGGGUUUAUGUGCGCAAGUACCAGAGUCGACGAGAAAGUGAAGUAAUUUCUACCAUAACAGCUAUUUUUGCAUUGGCAAUUGCACUUAUCACAUCAGCACUUCUGCCAGUGGACAUUUUUCUAGUUUCAUAUAUGAAAAAUCAAAAUGGCACAUUUAAGGAGUGGGCUGAUGCUAAUGUCACAAGACAAAUUGAGGACACAGUACUAUAUGGAUAUUACACUUUGUAUUCCAUCAUAUUGUUCUGUGUGUUUUUGUGGAUCCCUUUUGUCUAUUUCUAUUAUGAGGAGAAGGAUGAAGAUGAUACCAGCACAUGCUCACAUUUUCAAACUGCACUCAAGUAUACUCUGGGAUUCCUCAUGGUUUGCGCAGUUCUUCUUCUAAUUGGUGCCUUCGUUCCGUUGGAUGUUCCCCAGAAGAGAAAUUCCACUGAGUGGGAGAAAGUGAAAUUCCUGUUUGAGGAACUUGGAAGUAGUCAUGGUUUGGCUGCCCUAUCGUUUUCCAUUAGCUCCUUGACCUUGAUUGGAAUGUUGGCAGCUGUCACCUACACAGCUUAUGGUAUGUCUGCUUUGCCUCUAAACUUGAUAAAAGGAACUAGAAGUCCUACUUAUGAACGUUUGGAGAACACUGAAGAUAUUGAAGAAGUAGAACAACAUAUACUAAGGAUUAAAUCAAAGCAGUGCAAAGAUGGUCGGCCUUUACCAACAAGGGACAGACGGAACCUACAGCAACUUGAAGAGAGGCUAAGGAUACUUCGAAGGAGAGAGAGACAUCUGGAAUUUAUUGAGAAAAGCUGCUGGACAAAGUUCUGUGGAGCCAUGCGACCUCUAAAAAUCAUAUGGGGAGUAUUUUUCAUCCUAGUGGCGCUGUUGUUCACCAUUUCUCUUUUCCUGUCAAACUUGGACAAAGCUCUACAUUCAGCUGGCAUCAAUUCUGGAUUUAUAAUUUUAGGAACUAAUCUGACCAAUCCAUUGAAUAUGCUUUUACCUGUUCUACAAACUGUUUUUCCACUUGAUUAUAUCCUCAUUACAACAAUUAUUAUGUAUUUUAUCUUCACUUCAAUGGCAGGGAUUCGAAACAUGGGUAUAUGGUUCUUUUGGAUAAGGUUGUAUAAGAUUAGAAGAGGUAAAACUCGGCCUCAAGCACUCUUAUUUCUCUGUAUGAUACUUCUGUUGAUUGUUCUUCACACAAGUUAUAUGAUCUACAGUCUUGCACCUCAGUAUGUCAUGUAUGGAAGCCAAAAAUACCUGGUUCAGCAUAAUAUGACACUUGUUGAUGGCCAGCCAGGGAAUGUUACAACAUACGUGCCUAAAGUCUGUGAUGCAGAUGCCCCAGAAGAUCAGUGCACUAUUACUCGGACCUACCUUUUCCUUCAUAAGUUUUGGUUCUUUAGUGCUGCCUAUUACUUUGGGAACUGGGCAUUCAUUGCAGUCUUUUUAAUCGGAUUAAUUGUGUCAUGUUGCAAAGGGAAGAAAUCAGUCAUUGAAGGAGAAGUGGAUGAAGAUGAUUCAGACAUAAGUGAUGAUGAACCAUGUGUCUAUUAUGGUUGACAGCCUUUUGUCCUAAAAGUUAAAAAAAAUUGUAAUUUAAAAUUGUCUGAAAGUUGUGUUUAUGUGGAAUUUUAAUCCAAAUGUUAAGCAAAUUCUCUCGCUUGUGGUAAAAAAAAAAAAAAAA